AUGGGCACAGUCGAUAUCAGCCGGCAGAGGGCCUCUCUGCUCGGCGAUGCGGCAACCAUGCAGCUUUUGCCGGGCGAGCUGGUGGUGUUAAUCCAAGAUCACGGCUCAAAUCAACUGUUAGAGGCCAUCGCCAGCGCCGCGUUGGUUGCGCCGGCGGCCACCGAGAGGAUAUUCGCCCACUUCGAGUCGGUAUUUUCCGAUAUUUGCGCCCGCUGGGUGCUGUCACACCCGACGUUCGAUGUGAAAGUCGUGUCGUCGUUUGCUCGGAUUUUACCAUUUGCGCCCUCGCUGUCUGUGUUUCUCAUCUCUCAUUUUCAAGGUAGCGUGGGGAGAUCGGGUGCUGGCGGAGGAACCACACUUGAACCCCUCGACUUGAUGGCAUUUCAAGAUGCUGACCUAGCCGUCAUUCUUCUUGCAUCAUGGAGGCUUAACAACUUUGACAAGCGUACAUUUUCACCCCUAUCACAGCCGUCUCAGCUUCAGACGCUCUUUGCGCACCAGGACGUCGUUGUCCGAUAUCUCGCCAUCCGGAUCUUCACCCAGUUCCACGAGGCCUCGGACCAGAAGAUGGAGGCGCUUCUGGCCAAACACAUUCCCAAGGACACGAGUCUUGUUGCCGAUUUUGAUGGGAGGAAAGCGGAUUACACUUUUCUGAGUCUGUAUGAGAACGCAAGGGGGCGAGAAACUCGACGACUUCGCACAAGUCUCCAGGCGGACGACACUCUCACACUGGAGGACAACCAACCACAAAUCACACCACAAAAUCUCACUUCUCUCGUCGUCAAAUACGGAAAGACAGUUCUCCCUCGCCCGCUGGGCCCGGCCAACACCCCGAGCACCCUAGCCCUCACUUCCACCACUGUCCAAAACCUCGAGACCCUAUCCAACACACUCCAAAGACCGGGCCCCAUCCUUCUUCAUGGCCUUUCCGGGGCCGGCAAGACGUCUCUCGUCCACGAGAUCGCCCGAGAACUCGGCAAGCAGAAGGAGAUGGUGACGCUCCACCUAAACGAGCAAACAGACGCCAAGAUGCUGUUGGGCCUGUACACAACCGACGCUAAACCAGGCUCCUUCCAGUGGCGCGCGGGUGUCCUGACCACAGCCGUCCGUGAAGGACGAUGGGUUCUGAUCGAAGACCUCGACCGAGCCCCCACAGAAGUGAUGAGCACGCUACUCCCGCUUAUCGAACGCGGGGAACUACUCAUCCCCGGCCGCGGCGAGCGGAUUCAGGCGUCGUCCGGGUUCCGCCUGUUUGCGACGGUCCGGACACAGCAGCUGGGCUCGCACGACCGAGACAGCCUACCGAACAUAAUCGGCCUGCGUUUGUGGCGUCUCGUCCAUGUCCGGGCGCUACCGCGGGAAGAUCUCAAGGAAGUCAUCGACGGACGACACCCACUACUGCACAAGUACACCCCCGGGAUCCUCGCCGUCUUCGACCGCUUACUCGCCUGCACCAGCGGACCGGGACGACGGUUCGCCCUAGGUCGCACGGCGCUCGACCGGCCGAUCGGCAUGCGCGACCUGCUGAAGUGGUGCAGCCGCCUCGACAGCGUGUUGCGGGCCGCGGGGUGUCAGACAGGCGACGAGCCGAUCACCGACACGACGCGGGACCGUAUGUUUCUGGAGGCUGUCGACUGUUUUGUUAGCAGCUUGCCCGACGCCGCGGCCCGCGGGGUGUUGAUUGCCGCUGUGGCGCAGGAGAUGCAUCUCUCGAAGGAGCGCGUGCAGCAUUACCUGACGGGGUAUGUGCCGGAUAUGGAGGACAGCGAAGCCCGGCUGGCGAUCGGGCGCGCGGCGUUUGUCAAGCCACGGCGGGCAGGAGCAGCCGCGAACAAAGUCCACAAGUCCACGAAGAACAAACGCCCGUUCGCGACGACGGUGCACGCUAAGCGGCUACUGGAACAGAUCUCUGUCGCGGUGCAGCACCGAGAACCGCUGCUGUUAGUGGGGGAAACAGGUAUUGGCAAGACGACGGUGGUGCAGCAGCUGGCAGACUCGCUGAGGUGUCAGCUGGUGGCCGUCAACCUGUCGCAGCAGAGCGAAGCGGGCGAUUUGCUGGGCGGGUUCAAGCCGGUUAGCGCGCAGAGUCUGGCGAUGCCGUUGAAGGAGGAGUUUGAGGAUCUGCUGGAGCGGACGGGGGUGUCGGUGGAGAAGAAUAGGGAGUAUCUGGAGAGGAUUGCGAAGCGCUUUGCGAAGGGACGGUGGAAGGAGGUGGCGAAGGAGUGGAGGAAGGCGCCGAAGAUGUUUGAGGCGAUUCUGGGGAAGCUGGAGAGCAGCAGCGCCAGUAAUCAGAUCCGUGAUGAGGAUAGAGCAGACAAUGACCAAGGCGGCCAGCCUGCCAAACGACGGAGGACCGAGUCGACCAAGCUGCAACGGCUGUACGACCUGAAGCCGCGCUGGGCGCUGUUCUCGCAGAGCCUGGACCAGUUCGACCGGCAAAUCGCGAGCAGCUCCGCUGGAAACGGAACAGGGUCCGGACCCGGGUUCGCGUUUGCGUUUGUCGAGGGCAAGAUUGUCAAAGCCGCGCGCAACGGCGACUGGGUGCUGCUGGACGAGAUCAACCUGGCAUCACCCGACACAUUGGAGAGCAUCGCGGGCCUGUUCCAGAGCAGCAGCCCGUCCCUGCUGCUGUCAGAAACCGGCGAGAUCGAGCGCAUCCAGGCACACCCCAACUUCCGGGUGUUCGCGGCGAUGAACCCGGCCACGGACGUCGGCAAACGCGAUCUCCCGCUGGGGCUGCGGUCGCGGUUCACGGAGCUCUACGUCGGCAGUCCAGACCGCGAUAAGAAGGACCUGCUGACCAUUAUCAAGACGUAUUUGCACCUGCGGGGCAGCAAUAACAGCAGCAUCGACCGACUGGCGGACGACGUGGCGGAGCUGUACCUGGCGAUCAAGACACGGGCAGAGGGCAAGCUGCUGGUGGACCAGGCCAACGAGGUGCCGCACUUCAGUCUGCGCACGCUCACACGGGUGUUGACGUACGCCAACGACGUGGCGGCGCUCUACGGCUUGGAGCGGGCGCUGUACGAAGGGUUCUGCAUGUGCUUCACCACGCUGCUGAGCGCCGAGUCGGAGCGAACCGUCAUGCCGCUGAUCCGCCAACACCUACUCAGCCGGCCGAAUAUUUUGACCGUCCCCCCCAAGAAACCAACCGACGGCCACGAAUACGUCUCGUUCAAGAACACAGCCCAGGACCACCAGUACUGGCUGCUGCAAGGCCGUGAAACGCCCCGGGUCCGCGACGACUACAUCAUCACGCCAUACGUAGAGCGCAACCUACUAAACCUCGUCCGAGCCACCUCCACGCGGCGCUACCCAGUCCUCAUCCAAGGCCCAACCUCCGCCGGCAAAACCAGCAUGAUCGAGUACCUAGCGCACUACACCGGCAACAAGUUCGUGCGCAUCAACAACCACGAGCACACCGACCUGCAAGAGUAUCUAGGCACGUAUGUCUCCGACGCCGAGGGCAAACUACGCUUCCAAGAGGGCGUACUAGUGCAGGCCAUGCGCGAGGGAGCCUGGAUCGUGCUGGACGAGCUUAACCUGGCCCCGACCGACGUCCUCGAGGCCCUCAACCGGCUGCUGGACGAUAACCGUGAGCUGCUGAUCCCGGAGACGCAGGAGAUUGUGCGGCCGGCGGAGUCGUUUUGUCUGUUCGCCACGCAGAAUCCGGCGGGGUUGUUGUAUGGUGGGCGCAAGACGCUGUCGAGAGCGUUUCGGAAUCGGUUUCUGGAACUGCACUUUGAUGAUAUCCCCGAGGCGGAGCUUGAGACGAUUCUGCAGCGGCGCAGUCGGCACACGGCGCCGUCGGAUUGCCGGCGGAUCGUUGCGGUGUAUAAGCAGCUGACGCGGUUGAGGCAGGAGAGCAGGGUGUUUGAGCAGAAGAAUAGUUUUGCGACGUUGCGGGAUUUGUUCCGUUGGGCGUUGCGCAGCAGUAAUACUAAUGAUACCGACGGCAAUGCCAACGGUGGGACUCGACAAGAACUCGCCGAGCACGGCUUCAUGCUCCUCGCCGAGCGGGUCCGCAAGCCCGAAGAGCGCGCCGCCGUCAAAGCCGUCAUCGAAGAAGUCUUCCGGGUCACCAUUGACCCAGACCAACUCUACGACUGGGAAACUGCCCCUUCACUCCGCACCGCCAAAGCCCGCAACAGCCAGGGCGUGGUCUGGACGCGGGCCAUGCGCCGGCUGUACGUGCUAGUGGCACGGGCGAUCGAGAACUGUGAGCCGGUGCUGUUGGUGGGCGAGACGGGGUGUGGAAAGACGACGGUGGUGCAGCUGCUGGCUGAGUUUGCGGGACAGACGCUGCAUAUUGUGAAUGCGCAUCAGAAUACGGAGACGGGGGAUCUGAUUGGGUCGCAGAGGCCGGUGAGGAAUCGGGGGGCGGUGGUGGGUUCGUUGGUGAGGGGGUUGAGGGAGGCUAGGGGGAUUCUCGGGGGCGAAAAGGGGGAUGAGGAGGAGUCGGUGGAAGACCUGCAGAGCUGGUACCGCACCUUGACACCCGACCAACUCGCGCAACUCCCCCUCGCCCUCCGCGAGUCCAUCCAUGCCGACAGCACGCGCAGCAACGCGCUCUUUGAAUGGAGCGACGGCAGCCUGGUGCAUGCCAUGAAAGCCGGUACCUAUUUCCUGCUGGACGAGAUAUCCCUCGCCGACGACUCGGUCCUGGAACGCCUCAACUCGGUGCUCGAGCCGCAGCGCACGCUACUGCUGGCCGAGAAGGGCGUGACAGAUGUUGCCGAUGCGCACGUGCAGGCGGCCGAGGGGUUCCAGUUCUUUGCAACGAUGAAUCCGGGUGGAGAUUUCGGCAAGAAGGAGUUGUCGCCGGCGCUGCGGAAUCGGUUUACUGAGGUGUGGGUGCCGGCGUUUGAGGAUGUGGAGGAUGUGCAUGAUAUUGUGGUGGCUAAGCUGGAUCGGAGCUUUAAUCAUAAGCCAAAGCAGCAGCAGGGAAAGAAGGGGAAAGCGACAACCCCUUCCCGCAUCAUUGUCGAGUUCGCCGCCUGGUUCGGCCAGACCUUUCGCCCGUCGUCGGCCACAGCGCUUUCGGUUCGUGAUAUUCUAGCAUGGGUCGACUUUCUCAACACUACGAGUACCGCCUUAUUCCCCGCGGCCCCUGAACUCGCCCUGUUGCACGGCGCAGCUAUGGUUUAUAUCGACACCCUCGGUGCGAAUCCCUCGGCUCUUGUUGCUGUCGACCCCGGCGAGAUGGCUGCCCAGCGCCAGCUGUGUCUUGACCGGUUGAGCGUUCUGUGCGGCGUGCCGGAAUUAGGCCAAGCCUACUUUGCACAGCCGUGUGUUACUGUUACUGGUGAUCGGCUUACGAUUGGGGAUUUCUCUCUCCCUCGGAUCCAGUCUACCGAAACUGAACCAGACACAGACGUGGCCCCAGAAACAAAAGCAGCAGAACCAGCCCACGAAUUCAGCGUCACCACCACCCGUCUCAACGCAAUGCGCGUCAUCCGCGCCCUCCAGAGCAGCACCAAAAACAAGAAACCCAUCCUACUAGAAGGCAACCCAGGCGUGGGCAAGACCACGCUGGUGACCGCCCUGGCACGGGCGUGUGGGCGGCCGCUGACACGUAUCAAUCUGUCGGAUCAGACGGACUUGAUGGAUUUGUUUGGGACGGAUGUGCCGGUGGAGGGUGAGGAGGCGGGGCAUUUUGUGUGGAGGAAUGCGCCGUUUUUGGAGGCGAUGAAGGGGGGGGGGUGGGUUUUGUUGGAUGAAAUGAACCUGGCCUCACAAUCCGUCCUCGAAGGCCUCAACGCCUGCCUCGACCACCGUGGCGAGGUCUACAUCGCCGAGCUGGACCAGGUCUUCCCCCGCCACCCCGACUUUCAGCUCUUCGCCGCCCAAAACCCGCAUCACCAAGGCGGCGGCCGCAAGGGCUUGCCCAGCUCCUUCGUCAACCGCUUCACCGUCGUCUACGCCGACGUCUUCACGCGUGACGACCUGCUGCACAUCACCGCCCGCCAGUUCCCCGCCCUCGGUUCGGAUACUCACCAGCAGCUCAUCGAGUUUGUUGCGCGCCUAGACGAUGAGGUUGUGCGGCGUCGGGCCUUUGGAGCGCUGGGCGCGCCAUGGGAGUUUAACCUGCGUGAUGUCCUGCGCUGGGGGGAUCUUUUGACAGGAUCAGGACUGCCUCGCAAACCCGACGACUACCUCGACAUCAUCAUCCGGCAGCGCUUCCGGGCCACCCGCGACCGAGCCCAGGUAGACCGGCUCUUCCGCGAGGUUUUUGGCCGCAGCCCCGACACCCAGGCCCUCUACCACGACGUGAACCCGCACUUCGCCCAAGUCGGCCUGGCCACCCUCCGCCGAAAUCCUCUCGCCAACCCAACAACAUCCCCCAUCAGCGGCUUCAACCCCAUUCCCCGCCUGAGAGAAAUUGAAUCUGUCAUGACCGCCGUGGCGCAUGACCUGCCCUGCAUUCUAGUCGGUCCCUCAGGCAGCGGCAAAUCGGCGCUGCUCGCGCACGUCGCGGCGCUGGCUGGACGGGAACUGGUCGUGUUCCCUCUGAAUGCUGAUGUCGAUGCCAUGGACCUGAUCGGCGGGUUUGAGCAGGCUGAUCCGCACCGUGAUUUGCAAGGGUGUUUGGGAAGGUUGAAGCAGGAGCUGCAGGAGCUGGUGUUGCAAGCGUUGCCGGGAGAGGUACCCGGUGUGGCGCUUGAUCUAAUGGCUGCGCUGCAAAGAGAGGAUGAUGACGAUAGCAGCAGCAACCAGUACGCCCAUCUCCUCCCGCUCAUCGAAGCAGUACAAGCCGACACCAACAUCUCCCUCCCCGAGAGCUUCUCCGCGCUAUUAGCUGAGACCUCCACCCGUCUACGUGCCCCCCUAACCCUAGACACCCCCCGUUUUGAAUGGCUCGACGGCGUGAUCGUGCGGGCCGUAGAGUCCGGCGCGUGGCUCGUGCUAGACCAUGCCAACCUAUGCAGCGCGUCGGUGCUGGACCGGUUGAAUUCGUUGUUGGAACGGCCCGGCGGGGUGUUGAGUAUUAAUGAGCAUAGUGGGUCGGCGGAGGGUGAUGGCGGAGAGAGGGUGAUACGGCCGCAUAAGGAGUUUAGGGUGUUUUUGACGGUUGAUCCGCGGUAUGGCGAGUUGUCGAGGGCGAUGCGGAAUCGGUCGGUGGAGGUUUAUUUGGAUGUGUUGGAGGAGUACGGCCAAAGUGAAAAGCUCGUGUCGGUGGAGGGGGGAUCGGAGCGGUUUCAGACGGCUGCUUCGAUGCUGGACCGGGGAGAGAACGGCAACAAAGACGGAACCGGGGACCUCACGCCUCUCGCGUUUGACAUCCUCUCGCUGAGCGACAGCAACAAGCUGGCUGCGUACCUAACAGCCGCCCGCGAAGGCCUCACCGGCGCACCGCUGCUUCACUCGGCGUCCGCUGUCCAACACCUCAACCACGUCCUCGGGUUUGUUCAAUCGUCCGACGCGGCGCCGCUACGAGAAGGCCUUGCCACUUUUUACUCCUCCCUCACGAACAACACCAACACACCCACCAACCACCUGCACCUCUCCCUUCACCCCCUCCUCAACACCCCCCUCCUCCGGCAGAGCCAGAAGAAUCAAGCAAUCUGGCUCGGAACAACCUACGAACUCUACCUAUCCAUCCGCCACGCACAAUCCGCACUCGACGCCCAAACGACACACGUCAAUGUAGCCAAGCCGGCCGGGCUGAACCGGUUGCAAAGGGCGUGGGCGGCAGAGCACGGGAAGGUGGCGUCGCUUGCUGCGGACUCGACAGCACGCGGUUGGGCUUUUCUUGGGGGGGUGUUGGCUGUUUUGGGCGCUUUUCUUCUCUCAACGACAGUCUCAGGGACGACGACGACAUGGCAACACCGCCGUCCCCUCCUCCACCGCCUCCUCCUCUUCUGGCAGCGCACUUUUACCGCGCUCACUGCCCCGCCUUCAACGUUUGACGAGGCCCGCUUCCAGGCACAUCUUACGCAGGCCGCGGCCCUGUUGCAGUCCAGUCCGGCUUGCCUCGGAAACGAUCCCAACCAUCACAGAGUCCAAGACAGAGACCUGCUGAAUGGAUUAUCCGACCUCCUCCAGCGCGCUUUUGUAGUCGGUUUCCAACUCGCCAGCGGCCGCAGCAUGGAGGCGCUGUGGCGGGUGUUACGCCCGGUGCCGGUUGCGAAGCGUGAAACGCUGCAAUGGGUGGGAGAGUUGGAGGGGUUGGCGGGUCGGUUUGAUGCGGUGCGUUGGCGGAUGGGGGGUACCAAUGAAGUUAUGGAUUUGGGGGCGUUGAGGGCGGUGGACGCGGUGGUGGCACGGGGGUAUGUUCUUAUGGAUGGGGAGGUGGGGGGGGAUAUGGGGGGGGAUAUGGGGGGGCCGUUUUUUGCGGGGUGUUUUGAGGGGUUGAGGAGGGUUUUGGUUUUGCAGGAGGCGAACUCUCACUCUCAGGCCUCUCGCACCGGCAUAAGAGAUGCUGCAGAGACAGAGACAAAGAGGAAGGACACAGACUGGACAGUCCUAUCCAGCAUCCCCACCGCCAACCUGAUGCGUCUGCGCUGUCUUCCCUCGACCAGUCUCUCCGUCGUUGAUGCCCUGCUUGUGCGGGACUCUCCCGACACAAACACAAACACAACCAACAACACAAACGACGUAAACACACUCAUAGAAACACCCCCGCCCUGGCACCUCACACCAUCACUCCUCCGACGUCUGGACGCGGCAGCCUCGGCGCGGUUAGCAGACCUGCGCUCGCUAGAGGUGGAGAUGCCGCGGAUAGGAGGGGCGUUGGUUAGCGUGACGGAGACUUUAGGCGAUGGGGGGGUGUUGAGGGCGUUGGGGGAACUGGUGGUUAGGGGGAUCAGGGAGGUUGUUGUUGCGGCGGCGGAGGGGUCUACUGAUGAGGCUGAUGCGUGGGUUGAGAGGGUGUAUGGGUUGCUUGUGGGAAAGGUGACUGGAGGUGUUGAGCUCCGGGAUUUACUCACCAACUUGCCCGCUCACAUCUCCACGCCUGCGUCUUUCCCCUCCCAUCUCACGGCUACGAUUAACCACCACUUCAUCCCGGCUCUCGCAGCCGCAGCCUACGCUCAGCAUCACACCUCAACUACCCGCGACUACCAGAAACACACCCGCCCCAGCCUGUCCAUCGCCUGGUUGCAUUUCGCCCUCGGCAGCAUCGACCUCUUCGUCCCGGACAAACCGCACGAUCCACACCACCGAGCGCAAGUAGCUGCCGACGAGCACCGCGCGCUGCGUGCAUCGGUGCAAGCGCAGAAGGCUGCGUUAGCCAGCUUCGAGCGGGCUUUCAUGGGGCAGUCAUCCACUGUCAGCGUUAGUCUGCGAGGGCAGAUUCUGCAAGAGGAAGAGCGCGCACUAGGAGACGAGCCAGAUGUUCAGGAGAUUUACCGACCAGAGGAUGGCGGGGAUGAGGGGAGGAGGUUACAGGGGGAGUUUGGGAAUGUGUUACGGGCUGUUGGGGGGGAUGUCGCGGGUGUGCUUGUGCGGGCUCUUUUACCUGGUUUCUCAAGCCAGAGUCAGGGGAAGAAUCAGACGGGAAGUGAGAGCCAGAGUGAGAGGGAAGAACUGGAACUGCUGGAACAGAAUGUGCGGCUUCUGAUGGGCCGACUGACGGGCCCUGGGCGGUUUGCGGCGCACCAGGACGUGGUGAUGCCGCUGGUGGGGUUCUUGCGGUGUCUUGUUGUGGGGUUGUCUCUGGGUCUGGGGACGGAUGCCAAGAACAGAGAUGAAGGUGAAGAGGGAGAAGUGCAACAGCUAGCCAGGGUUGUCCCGUUCCUCGGCGGGACGGUCUUUGCGAGCACAUUCCAGGACGAAACAGGCGAACCGCGCACGCUGGACUUUCUCUCGUUUGUACAAACCGUCGUGGCCGUCGACGGUUUAGACCAGCUACCGCUAUCACUCCGCCAGGCCCUGCACGCCUCGCUCGACAUCUUCCACGAGCAAUGGACGCGCAAACUCGAAGCCGACCGCAAGGCUGCCGAGGCCGAGACCAGUCUGUUCCGCUUCAAGGGUAGCGCUGAGGACCAGGAGGCGUAUGAUCAGGAGGCGUUUGACCAGUUGUUUCCGGACUACGCGCCGGACGAAGACGGGGUUGUUAAGAAGAAACCCGCUAACAAGAAAGGAGGUCGGGAUUUGGCGGUGCUGUUGGCCGAGGCCCACGAGAAUAUCUUUGCGACCCCGCAAGAUCCCCAGCAGAGCAUCCGCGCCCUGUGCACGCAGACCGCCCGACGCAUCGCCGCCUCGGAUCUCAAUCCCAAUACCAAGGCCGAUGUUAUUGACCCGGCGUUACUCCCCGCCACGUUCUUCAUCCUCGACGAACACAUCCGCUCCUUCCACGCCCCCAUCCGCCCGGACACCUACAACUUCUACACCGACCCGCACCGCCCGCAAGUCCGCGCCGCGCUAGCCCUAGUCCACUCCUUACGCGCCCGGUUCGUCACGCUCCAAGGUAUCGACGACAUCGGCCACCACCAGACCCUCGCCGAUGUUGUGUCAGCCUGCGACCGCGUGCUAUCCCUCGCCAUCGACGACCCCCUGGCUCGCUUACUCCCCGCCGUCGAGUACCUGUAUUCGCACGUCUACGAAUGGCACGAAGGCGGCUGGGCGUCCCAAGUACACAAGGCCACGGCGCUGUACGAGGCCCUGCGGGAACUGAUCUGUGACUGGCGGAGACUGGAACUGGGGUGUUGGGCGCGAUUGUUGGAUGCCGAGGCGAAGAGGGCACGGGAGGAGGCGAGGGGGUGGUGGUGUAUUGCGUAUGGGGCCGUGGUGCGCGAGCCGUGUGAUUUGGUGCGGGUGGGACGGGAGGCGGAGAUGAUGCAGGGGCAUGCGGUGGAGUUGUUGGGGGUGUUGGAGAGGUAUUUUGGGGAGGCGACGAUGGGGGGGUUUGCUGCACGGCUUGAUUUGCUGAGGCAGCUCGCACGGCAACUUGACUGUCUUAAAGAAAGUGAGAAAGCCCUCGACCUCCUGCGCAACGCCAUCCACGGCUUCCUCGCGCUCUACACCCGCUUCGAGCCCCCCGUCGCCGCCUCCAUCAAGGCCGGCCGCGCGCCGCUGGACCGCAGCAUGAAGGAUGUUCUGCUGCUGUACAAGUGGCGGGACAAGAACAUUGACGCGCUACGGGAGAGUGCGAAGCGCAGUCACACCAAGCUGUUUGGCCUGGUGCGCAAGUUUCGGGGGGUGUUGGACCAGUCUGUUGGGGGGAUCAUCGAGGGGGGUGUUCCUGAGUCUUCUCACCAUGUCGCUCUCGCUCUGACUCUAACUCCCGAAACCAAACUCACACCAAAAAUCAUCCCCGCGAUUAACACUCACUCUCUCACCCUCCUCACCCACCUCCCCGUUCUAACCACCUCCCCCCACUGGCCCCUCCUCUCCCACCAACCCGCCCUCCUCCUCGCCAUGGCCCGCCACGGCGCGCUUCCCCCGUCCGUCCUCAACGUCCCCUUCGAACUCGACACCUACACCACCUCUUUAGUGUCGACCGUCACCGCCCUCCGCACCGAAACCCCCUCUGUGUUGAACGACGAAACAAAAGACACCAUCCGCCACCUCAAAACCCGCAAGGUUACGCUGUAUGCUGACACGCUCAAGGCGCUGAGGGCGAUGGGGUUUAGUAGGAAUUUGGGGGGGAGGUUAUUGGCUGGGCAGGGGAGCACUGCUGCUGUGCUUGUUUCUGUUGGUCACGUCCCGGAUUCUUUCUUUUCCGGCUCUGAUUCUCUCCUCUCAGACGCAGAAACUGAGGAGGGGAAGGAGGUAUACAAACAGGCAGAGUACUUCUUCCACUGCACGCUGUUGCGCGCGGGGAAGGUAAGGGCGGCGCUGAGGGAGCAUAGUGAGGAUGUGAGUCGGGAGGUGGUGCAGAGGAGUGUGGGGUAUUUUGAGGGGGUGUUGAGGGUGGUUGUUUGUCAGAGAAGGUGGUUAGCAGGCAGCGUAAAAGAUAUCGGAGGGUUGAGGGGAGUUGUGGAUGAGUUGGGGAAGCUAGCUAAGGGAGGUUUUGUUGAGAGUGGACAGGAGAGAGAAAGGGAGAGGGGGAGGAAGAGGACGGUUCGCUGGCUGGUGCAGAUUUUGAGGACGGGUGUCACGCUGGUGGAGGUGCAUGCUCGGCUAGGGGGGGUUGAUGACGCGGGUGUGAGGGGGAAGUUGCAGGAUUGGGUUGGGGUGUUUACUGCGCUGCGGGAUGAUUUGUCUGACAUGGAGAUCGAGACUGAGACCCGGCUGGAUGCACUCAGAGAAGACCUCGACGAGAUGGUCAAGGAGAGACCGGAUCUGGGGUUUGUGCUGCGGCAGAUUCGGCUGUGGACGGCUGUGGAUGUUCCUGUCGAUGGCCAAGCCGAAGACGACAAAAACACAGUCGAAAGCCAAGGCAAAGAGGGAAGAGAGAGCGACAUCAACGCGCUCUGCACCCCCGUCCUAACCCUCGCCAGCAAACUGCUCGUGGCCCUGCAACACUUCCAAGCAGCCGCCAAAACCCUCCCUCAGACCACCGACGACCCGGCCUGGCUGGUCUCCUACAGCGAUACCCUGUCUCGCGCCGUCGAUGCCCUGCGGAUUCCGCGGAUCGUCGCGGACACGAAGGAACUGCUGCAGACUUUCUCUCGGCAAGCCAACACAGAAACAGAAAAGGCACUACUCUCCCUCCUGCACCCCCUCCUAUCCCAAUACACCCACCUCGCCCAAAACCACCUCACCCAUUUCACCCACCUCCACCUGACCACCGCCCGCCUCUCCCACGAACUCUCCUCCACCUUCCUCCACAUCGCCACCCACGGCUUCUGCGGCCCCCAAGACCAACCCACCUCCAGCGAAACCAACAAUAACUCCGGCAAACUAGAGACCGGCACCGGACUCGGCGAGGGUGAAGGCGCAGAGGAUAUCAGCAAUGACAUAGCACCCGACGAAGACUUAUCUGAACUAGCGCAGGAUGCGGCGAAUAGAGAGCAGAAGGAGAUGGAUGAAGAUAAUAAAGAGGCCGUGGAUAUGCAAGGGGAGGAGAUGGAGGGGGUUUUGGGGGAUGUUAAUCCCGAUGACGACGACGACGACGAUCAAGAAAAUAAAGAGAAGGAUGGGAAGGACGGCGAUAAGGAGGAGGAUGGAGAAGAGGAAAUGGAUGAGGAGGCGGGGGAGGUGGAUGAUUUGGAUCCGACGGCGGUGGAUGAGAAGAUGUGGGAUGGGGGGGAUGAUGACGAAAAUAAAGAGGAGAAGGAGGGGGAAAAAGAACAGCAGGGGGGGAAGGAGAUGGGACAGAGGGAGGAUGAGAUGAACGCCGCGGAACAGCAGCAGCAGGGGAAACAGGAGGAGGGGGAGCAGCAGCAGGGUGAGGAGCAGCAACAGAAGGAGGAUCAGAAGGACGAGCAGAAAGAAGAACAGAAAGAGGGAGAUGAGGAGGAAGGAGACGAAGCAGGGGAAAUGCCCGAAGGCGCCGCGAAAGAAGAGCUGAAUCGGCAGGAUAUGGGGGUGCAAGAGGAGGAGGCGCUGGCGUUGCCGGAGGAUUUGGAGAUGGAUUUGAGUGGGGACGAAAAGGGGGACGAGGAUGAGCUGGAUGAGUUGGAUGAUUUGGGGGAUAUGGAGGAUGUGAAGGAUGUGGAUGUGGAUUUGGACAAGGUCGAGAGUGAGCAGGGAGACGAUGAAGGAGAUGAGAAUGAUGGAGAUGAGAGAAAGGAAGAAGUUGGAGAGGAACAUCAAAAGGAUGAGGAGAUUGACGAAGAUGAGGCUGAGCAGGAGGAGGGGAUUGAUGCGGCCGGGGAUAGGGAGGAGGAGAUGGAUGUUGAUGAGCAGGAGGACGGGCAAGAGGCUGAAGGUGAUAUAGAGGACGAGAAACAGAAAGAGAAGGAAGGAAAAUCAUCCGACACAACUGCCGACGCCGACGCCGGCCAAGCCAACGGUGGUCUACAAGACAAGCAAGACAACCACCACACCGACAACACAGACACCACAGAAACAGACAACGCCGCCGGCCAGCAAGAACAAGGCGCCCCCGCCCAGCCCGCCGACGACGACAACGCCCCCGGCGCCCACGGCGCACUCUCCAGUCUCGACCAGCCCCAGGACACCAGCCAGCCCCAACAAGAAAAAGACAACCAACCCGCCGACCCGUUCAAGAAACUCGGCGAUGCCCUCGAGCGGUGGUACCAGAACCAGCGCGAGAUCCAGGCCGCCGAUGCCAACGGUGAGCGAGACAAGCAGAGUUUGGACGCAAAAGACAUGGCCCGCGCCGAGUUCCAGCAUUUGCAGGAUGAGAACGCUGAGGCGGAUACUCAGGCUCUCGGGACGGCUACGAAUGAUGAGGCUAGGCCGAUGGAUGAUGCCAUGGCGGUGGAUAUGGAGAUGGAACAGGAGGGGGGGCAGGUCAUGCCGGAUGAUGGGGAUGAGGAGGAGGAGGAGGAUGUGGAGAUGCAGGAUGUGCAGGAGGUUCAGGAGACGGAACAGACUGACUCCAAGAAGGACGAUGCUCGGUCUGGUGUGGCCACGCGCAGGGGGGUCGAUACAGAUGAGAACGACGAAACCGACCAGAACAACAAGACUACAGUCCCCUCCGACGACAUCGACUCCGAAACCGCCGACGAAGCCAUCAACACAACCUCCACCCAACUCCACGACACCCACCUCUCCUCACCCCCCCUCCGCGACUACACCGAAUCCCUCACCCUCUGGACCACCCUCCAAACCAAAACCCAACCCCUCUCCCACUCCCUCGCCGCCCACCUCCGCCUGAUCCUCACCCCCACCCAAGCCACCAAACUCUCCGGCACCUUCCGCACCGGCAAACGCCUCAACAUCAAAAAAAUCAUCCCCUACAUCGCCUCCGGCUACAAACGCGACAAGAUCUGGAUGCGCCGCGCCGUGCCGAGUAAGCGCGCCUACCAGAUUUUGCUGUGUGUCGACGACUCCGCGUCUAUGGCGGGGGCCCUUGGGGAAAUAGACGGGGAGACGCCAGCUCAUUUGGCGCUGGAAUCCCUUGUUAUGGUUGCGCGUGCGUUGGCUGUUCUUGAGGCUGGGUCCAUCGGCGUGCUGGGGUUCGGUUCGGGUGAGCCCUUUCUCGCGCAUUCAUUGUCUGAUCCACCAUUCACAGCCUCUGCCGACGCGGGGGCUCGCGUCCUACAAAAAUUCACUUUCCGCCAGGAAGGGACGGAUAUGGUGCGGUUGUUGAGGGGGGUGGUGGAGAGGUUUCGGGAGGGGAGACUUAUGCAGAGUGGAAGCAGUGGGGGGGAGGAGUUGUGGCAGUUGGCGUUGGUGUUGUCGGAUGGGCUGGUGCAGAGUCGGGAGCAUGCGCUUUUGAGGCCGUUGUUGAGGGAGGCGUUGGAGAUGAGGGUGAUGGUUGUUUUUAUUGUUAUGGAUGAUGCUGGACCGGCAAAAACAAAACGCACCAGCGUCCUCGACCUCAAGGAAGCACGCUUCGGCCCCGACGGCGUCCCUGUCAUCCACCGCUAUCUGGAUUCGUUUCCGUUUCCGUACUAUCUCAUUGUGCACCAUCUGGCGGAUCUGCCGGGGGCGCUGGCGGGGUUGUUGAGGAGUUGGUUUGCGGAGGUUAAUGCUUAG